UAGAAUAGAUACAUAUAUUUUUCAGACUAACGUUUAAAACCUCAAAAUGAUCGGGAAAAGUAACAAGAUGCAGAACUACAUCAACUGCAGGAUGAGGGUCAUUCUUCAGGACUCUAGAACCUUCAUCGGACAGUUCAAAGCUUUUGACAAGCACAUGAACGUUAUCCUAGGAGACUGUGAGGAGUUUAGAAAACUCAAACCUAAGUCUGCCAAGUCUGCAGAGAGAGAGGAGAAGCGGGUUUUGGGUCUAGUUCUGCUCCGCGGAGAGAACAUUGUGUCCAUGACUGUUGAGGGACCUCCUCCUCAGGAUGAAGGUAUGCCCCGUGUUCCUGUUCCUGGAGGUGGAGGACCAGGCAUGGGCCGAGCAGCAGGACGUGGUAUCGGUGGUCCAGGAGGAUCCCAGCCAGGACUCUCAGGUCCAGUCAGAGGAGUUGGUGGACCUUCACCUCAAAUGAUGGCACCAGGAGCUCAUGCCUCCGCGCCUCCGAUGCGCGGAGCUCCCCCCGGAGGUUUCGGAGGACGAGGAGGAUUUUAAAUCAAAUAAAUAUCUACACUUGCUGAAACAUCUUUUAAUUAAUCUUAAGAUCUCCGUAUUGUAAUUCCUUUUUUUCAGA